AUGAAGGCUUUGACGGAUCCACAAAACUUGAUCAUUUAUGAAAUGCACCAAUAUCUGGACUCAGAUGGGUCUGGUACAUCAGAGACAUGUGUGAGCUCAACUAUCGGUCAGGAGCGCGUUGUGGCGGCUACGCAGUGGCUAAAAGACAAUGGGAAGAAAGCGUUCCUGGGCGAAUUUGCUGGCGGAGCCAAUGCCGUUUGCUCCAGUGCUGUCAAAGGCAUGCUUGACUAUUUGCAGGCUAAUAGCGAUGUCUGGUUAGGCGCAUCCUGGUGGGCAGCUGGACCCUGGUGGGGAGACUAUAUCUAUAGCUUUGAGCCCCCAUCUGGGACGGCCUAUACUUACUAUAUGAGUCUACUGCAAGCUUACUUUCCCGGAUCUAGUGGCUCGAGCACAACCACCACUACAGCUACCACCACCAAAGCCACUACCACUACCACGGCCUCCACGACAACCAAGGCGGCCACCACCACCACUGGAUCAAUCACUACAGGCGCUGCUCAUUAUGCACAAUGUGGUGGAGCUGGCUGGACAGGAGCUACUUCAUGCGCAAGUCCCUACACUUGCCAGAAACAGAACGACUAUUACUCGCAGUGUCUCUAA